AUGGGUUGUGCAUCGAGUAGGGAGACGAAUGCUGCUGGGCCUUUCAAGAAGUUCCAGCCCAUUCCAGACCGCUACGAGACCAUCGAAGAGGUGCAGAGCGACCUCAGGAAGGCUGGUCUAGAAUCAUCGAAUUUAAUACUGGGGAUCGAUUUCACCGAGUCAAACACGUUGACAGGGAAGAAUAGCUUCAGCGGUCGCUGUCUGCACUACAUCGAUCCAACUGGAGCCAUUCAGAAUCCUUUCCAAAGUGUCAUCAGUGCGAUUGGCCGCACACUGGAGGCGUUCGACGACGACAACAUCAUUCCUGCUUUUGGGUUCGGAGACUCCACCACACUAGGUCAACGUUGCUUCCCAUUCACUCAAGGACGCGGCUGUCAGGGUUUUGACGAGGUCCUUAAACGAUACAACGAGAUCACUCCAAAGAUCAAACUCUACGGUCCUACGAGCUUCGCUCCGGUGAUAUACGAAGCUAUCAAGGCUGUGAAACAAGAUCCGGGGUAUUAUAUUCUGGUAAUUAUCGCCGAUGGUCAGGUGAAUGAGCCCGAGGCAACUCGAAACGCCAUCGUCGAGGCCUCAAAAUUUCCAAUUUCUAUCGUCAUGAUUGGCGUCGGUGACGGCCCCUGGGAAAUGAUGGAGGAGUUCGAUGAUCAACUUCCUGCUCGACGUUUCGACAAUUUCCAGUUUGUCGAGUACAAUAAAGUUCUCAAACGCAACAUGAAGAACCCAGAAGCUGGAUUUGCCAUGCAGGCGCUGAUGGAAAUUCCUGGUAAGUACUUUUUGACAUUGUAA